AUGUUUAAACCUAUUCGAAAAACCCACCCUUUAAUUAGAAUCGCUAAUAAUGCAUUAGUAGAUUUACCUGCACCAUCUAAUAUUUCCGCCUGAUGAAAUUUUGGUUCUUUAUUAGGAUUAUGCUUAAUACUACAAAUUUUAACUGGAUUAUUCCUAGCUAUACACUAUGCCGCAGAUAUUGAAACAGCUUUUAAUAGAGUAAAUCAUAUUUGUCGAGAUGUAAAUAAUGGAUGAUUUUUACGAAUUUGUCACGCUAACGGAGCUUCUUUUUUUUUUGCUUGUUUAUUUAUUCAUGUAGGACGAGGAGUAUAUUAUGAAUCUUACUUAUAUCAUAUAACUUGAAAUACUGGAGUUAUUAUUUUAUUUUUAACAAUAGCAACAGGAUUUUUAGGAUAUGUAUUACCAUGAGGACAAAUAUCAUUUUGAGGAGCAACAGUUAUUACUAAUUUAUUAUCAGCAGUACCUUACCUAGGAAUGGAUCUAGUUCAAUGAAUUUGAGGGGGAUUUGCAGUUGAUAACGCCACUUUAACUCGAUUUUUUACAUUUCAUUUUAUUUUUCCAUUUAUUAUUUUAGCUUUAAUAAUGAUUCAUUUAUUAUUUUUACACCAAACAGGAUCUAAUAAUCCUCUUGGAUUAAAUAGAAACGUAGAUAAAAUUCCAUUUCAUCCUUAUUUUAUUUAUAAGGAUAUUUUUGGAUUUAUUGUAUUUUUAUGAAUUUUAGUAACAUUUAUUUGAAAAUUUAAUUACUUACUAAUAGAUCCAGAAAACUUUAUUCCUGCUAAUCCUUUAGUUACUCCAGUACAUAUUCAACCAGAAUGAUACUUUUUAUUUGCUUACGCUAUUUUACGAUCAAUUCCUAAUAAGCUAGGAGGAGUAAUUGCUUUAGUACUAUCAAUUGCUAUUUUAUUAAUUUUACCUUUCACACACUCUAGCAAGUUUCGAGGAUUACAAUUUUACCCAUUAAAUCAAAUUUUAUUCUGAAAUAUAGUAAUUGUAGCUUCGUUAUUAACUUGAAUUGGAGCUCGACCAGUAGAAGACCCAUAUAUUUUAACAGGUCAAAUUUUAACUGUAUUAUAUUUCUCUUACUUUAUUAUUAAUCCUUUAUUAGCAAAGUUUUGAGAUAAGCUAUUAAAUUAA